CCAGCCCGGGCGCGGAAGUUGGCGGCACCCGCGAACGGCGGUCAAGGCCCACGGCCAUGGCCUCAGGGGGCGCCGGGUCUGGGGGGCAGGAGGGGGCGGCGCGCGCGGCGGCGGCGCUCUGCGGCCUGUACCACGAGGCCGGGCAGCGACUGCGGCGCCUGCAGGACCAGCUGGCCGCCCGGGAUGCCCUCAUAGAGCGCCUCCGCGCCCGCCUGGCCGCGCUCGAGGGGGACGCGGCGCCCUCGCUCGUGGACGCGCUGCUCGAGCAGGUGGCGCGCUUCCGGGAGCAGCUCCGGCAGCGGGAGGGCGGCGCCGGCGAGGCGGCGCUGCGCCAGGAAAUUGAGAGACUUUCUGAGCAACUAGAAGAAAAAGAGAAGGAGACACAGCAGCUGAUGAGCCAGCCGGAGCACGAGCGAGAGAAGGAAGUCGCACUGCUGCGGAGGAGCGUGGCGGAGAAGGAACGUGCCCGGGCUGCCAGUGACAUUCUGUGCCGCUCCUUGGCUGAUGAGACCCAUCAGCUGAGGAGGACUCUGGCUGCCACCGCCCACAUGUGCCAGCAUCUGGCCAAGUGUCUGGAUGAACAACAGUGUGCUCAGGGGAACCUGAGGGGGAAGAGUCCUGAGCCAGAGUGCACAGGUGGUGCUGCCUCUGUCCAGGCCGUUAUUGAGAAGUUACAGGAAGAAAACCGCCUGUUAAGACAGAAGCUGAUUCAUAGCUUCCUGGUCUCGGCCGCCUUGGAAAGCUCUGUGGCUCUGUCCCCUCAGGUGGAAGACCUCAAUGCCAAGUGGCAGCGCUACGAUGCCAGCAGGGAUGAGUACGUGAGGGGGCUCCACGUUCAGCUUCAGGGGCUGCAGGCCCCCCCAGAGCCCGAGAAGACCUCCUGCCCUGAGCUGAUGAGGAAGGAGAUUUCCAGGCUCAACAGGCAGCUGGAGGAGAGGAUACGCGCCUGUGCAGAUGGGCGGCGGGAGCUGGCGGCCGUUAGGGGGGCCCGUGAUGCGGCACUGGAGCGGGUGCAGAUGCUGGAGCAGCAGAUUCUCGCAUACAAGGAUGAUUUCACCUCAGAAAGGGCAGACCGGGAACGGGCCCAGGGCAGGAUUCAGGAGCUCGAGGAACAGGUGGCUUCCUUGCGGCAACAGGCGUCCUGGACACAGGACCGCCGGGAACCAGGCUCCUGCCGGAUUCAUACAGGGAACAGAACCCCCAAGUACUUAGAGACUGAUGCUCUGGAGCUCGUGGCACCUAGUGGCCGGAGGACUGGGACUGGAUCUCAGGGGCUGGACUUGCCCACCGAGGGCAGGUGUCCUGGAACAACCCGGAGAGGGCAGGGGGACCUUCAGUGCCCUCACUGUCUGCAGUGCUUCGGCGAUGAGCAAGGCGAGGAGCUCUUCAGGCAUGUGGCUGAGUGCUGCCAGUGAGCCCUGUGGCCGGGGCUGCUGUGCCCAGGCACCUCCCACGGGGGUUAGAGAUCCCUCAAGAUCGGGGCCCAUACCAGGUCAGAGGGAACCUCUAGGGGGGCAUGUGCUCCUGGGAAGGAGUGUGGCCCUCCAGCUGGGCCAAGACAAAGGUGGGGCACAGUCAGGCCAGGCCCUCCAGGCCCACAUGAUGGCCCCGCAUAGCCUGCCAGUGGGUGCGCUCUGGCUUGCUGGGAAAAGCUGGCUGCCUGCGGGGACAACACGUGGGGGCCUCAGGGUGAAGGCCUGCCUUGUUCUGGUGACUAAGGACCAGGAGGUUUGCGGAGCUGAGCACAUUGGCCAUACCUCUCACCUGGGGCUGGUCUCUGCCACCGCAGAGCCACGUGUCUGCACUGAACUGCACUGCAAUGCCUUUGCCACAUAUCUGCAAGUCCAGAGACAUUUCACAAUCACUUAUUUUCAUAAUAAAUGCACUUGCUCUGGUGA